UAGACCUGACUGCUGUUAUCACUUUACUGCACAGUGUUCAGUCCCUGGAGAUCGACCGUAAUUACUACACUUGUCUAAGCAAUAGUUUAACCAUGAGACAGAAUGACCUGCGCAUGAGCUGACGCUACAGCUUAAUGGGCGUCCACCUGUUCCUCUGGGGCAUAUGUGUCCAACUCAAGGCCCACAGGUUGAAUCUGGCCCACCACAUUGUUUUAUGUGGCCCACCAAAGCAUUACCUGACAUGGUUGACUUGGUAUAGACUGUCAUGUUUACUGGAUGGGUUAACUGCAAAGACAUGGCGAGCUAAUCACAAUUCAACUCAACUACAUUCAACUACAUCUCCCAUAAUGCAUCUUAAUUUCGUGACCUGCCUCGUUGCAUUCUGGCUACACUUGACUGUUCACCAAAGAAAUAUUUGCCCUCCCCAACGUAGGCUUGAGGGACAUUCCGGCCAGUUGAGUGAUUGAGUUUGACGCCCCGCUUUAAGGCCGCGUACAUUACAGCUACAGAACAGCUCCUUCUGUAGGAGGAAAUGUGUGACAGUGGAAGUAUGUGUGUGUUUUGCAAAGGCAUAUCUGUCUGUACUGUGUGUUCCCGUGGAGGUGAGCGCACAUGUGGAGAGCUGUGUAUUUUCCGUGUGUAUGCUUUAACAGCCAAGUGCUGCUGCCUGCAGGUAACUGUUAGAGGAGGCAACAGCUCCCUCUUUCUUAAGAUAGGGGGACAAAAACAACCUGAACAGACCUGCUGCAGGGCGCAGGGAGUGUUUGUGUGUUUGUGUUUGGAUUCAUAUAUAAGAAGAAAAAAAAUCUGAGUAAAUGGAGACAGGGAUUAUAUAAAAUCAAAGCACAGUAAUGAAGGGCACAAUGUGGUUGUGGGAAGAGAACCAACAACUAAAAACGCCUCACAGCAGCAUGUGGCUAAAUUAGAGCCUAAGCAUCUGAGGGACAGUUAAGCUCAUACAUGAACAUAAAAGUCACCUCAGCUGAUUCACAGUCAACCUCUCUCUGUGUGUGUCAGGGUGUUGAUAAUGACUCCCGAUUCUGCCUCCUGCCACUCGCAUCCGUGAGAACACCGCCCAGUCCCCACCUCCCCAGCCAAUGGGAGACAACUGGGGAUGUGAGAGGAGUUUUGCAUUAAUGGCUUUUUGUUUACUUUGAGGAGGGAGGAUGCAUCUGUGCGCAAGAGUUUGAGUUGAUUUGUUAAACAAUAGCGAGACGAGGCUGCAGCGUCGUUACAGCCGUGCAGCCGUUCUCCAGAGUUCCACCGCGUCUGUGCGCUCUCCAUCCAUCCGGUGACGCGCGUCGCUUCUUCCUUUCACCGCCGUUACACACACUUCUGUCGGCCGAGCACACCGUUACCGUCCGUACUGACACAAGAAUGGUCAUGGGGUCGACAGAGACACAGUGGCGUCAGGCAGAGCUCCCACAGCUCCAGGGCUGGGCAGAGAAGGGAUUGCUGACACAGCCAAAGAUGAACGAGAAAAGAGAGAGGGGAAGGGACAAAGACAGACCGUAUGCAAUCAUCAGUAACAUGGAGUCUCCGGUGACAAACGGCCCCAGUGGAGGAGGUACCACGGCCAACGGGCCCACCAACAACAGCCGUGGCUGCCCCUCGCCAAUGCAGACCGGCCCGACAAACGACGACAGCAAGACCAACCUCAUCGUCAACUAUCUGCCCCAGAACAUGACCCAGGAGGAGUUCCGCAGCCUGUUUGGGAGCAUUGGCGAAAUCGAGUCUUGCAAGCUUGUUCGAGACAAAAUCACAGGACAGAGUCUUGGCUACGGCUUUGUCAACUACAUCGACCCAAAGGAUGCAGAGAAAGCCAUCAACACAUUAAAUGGACUCAGACUUCAGACCAAAACGAUUAAGGUGUCGUACGCACGACCCAGCUCAGCCUCCAUUCGUGACGCCAACCUGUACGUGAGCGGCCUGCCCAAGACGAUGACCCAGAAGGAGCUGGAGCAGCUCUUCUCCCAGUACGGACGAAUCAUCACCUCCCGCAUCCUGGUGGACCAGGUCACAGGCCCCGCAGGUGGCUCCCGAGGUGUGGGCUUCAUUCGCUUUGAUAAGAGGAUAGAGGCUGAGGAGGCCAUAAAAGGCCUGAAUGGACAGAAGCCAUCGGGAGCCGCAGAGCCAAUCACAGUCAAGUUCGCCAACAAUCCCAGCCAAAAGACCAGCCAAGCUCUUCUGUCACAGCUCUACCAGUCCCCCAACCGCCGAUACCCAGGACCCCUCCACCACCAGGCUCAGAGAUUCAGGCUGGACAAUUUGCUUAAUAUGGCCUAUGGCGUAAAGAGGUUUUCUCCCAUCACCAUCGACAGCAUGACCAGCCUGGUGGGCAUGAACAUCCCCGGCCACACGGGCACUGGCUGGUGCAUCUUCGUCUACAACCUGUCCCCAGAUUCAGAUGAGAGCGUCCUCUGGCAGCUGUUCGGGCCCUUCGGCGCCGUCAACAAUGUCAAGGUGAUCCGUGACUUCAACACCAACAAGUGCAAAGGCUUCGGCUUCGUCACCAUGACGAAUUACGACGAGGCGGCCAUGGCCAUCGCCAGUCUCAACGGCUACAGGUUGGGUGACCGUGUCUUGCAAGUCUCGUUCAAGACCAACAAGACACACAAGUCCUGAACUUAAUGGUGUAGAAGCAGGUGCCCCUCGACUUUGUCUGCUCCGAAAAUUGCUCGCAACCUCUCCCCCCCGCCCACCUCCACCUGUCCCUCAACCCCCUACAGUCACUACCACCUUACGACAGCCAUCCAAUACAGCAAACUCAAACUCCAACUGGAACACAACGCAACCGACAAACCAUCAAACCAAUUGAACUAGAGAAAUGGCUUAUAUUAUAACUUUGGACCUAUAAGCCAGUGUUGCCUAAGUAUUACAAAAAUGAAAUGAUAAAAAAUGUUCAUACUUUUUGGAAGCUCUUGUGAUAAUACAGGCUUCUCUUUGUUGUAUAUUCUUUCUGUUCGUUGUGAUUGUUAAAAAUGAAUUUUCUCUUGUGUGUAAACAGUAGCAAACCCCCCGUAUUCCCUUAUUUUCGGAGAAAAGAUUGUCCUUUUUAGAUUGGAACCUUUUCUCUGUCUUGAUUCAGGAUUUUGUUUUUCUUUUGUAAAUCCGGAUCCACUGUCGUUAGUAUUCUCGACCUUCCUGUCACUGAGGAGGAAGGGCCUCUUUUUUAAAUUGGUGAACCAUUCAUUCAUUUUUAGUGUGUCUUGAAAAAUUCCCCUUAUUAAUUACAGACGGGAUUCCACGAUCCCGGUAAAUCCUAUUUAGGAGAGAAGAAAAAAAGACGAUUUCUAACAUUGUUUUUGUUUUGUAUCGCAAACAAAACAUAACGUCUUUCCUCACAGGGUUCAGGGAGAUGGGGUAGGGGAGGGGAUGGGUUAGCUUUCCUGAUGACACGUUCAGUAAUUUAAGAGAAAAAAAAAAUAUCACUGUUGCCAAAGAGAAGAUCUCUUUGCUUGGAAAAAAAAAAUACAUUUAGAAAAAGAUAAAAAUAAAGAUAAAAAUCUAUUUUUAUAAAUGAUAAUUAAAAUAAUAACUAUAAAAGAAUUUUUACAAGAAUCUGGAUUUGAAAAAAGAGAAAAAUAUUUUGACUGGCUAACUGGGGGAGGGCGGGGGGGGGGGGGGGGGGGGCGCCACCUGCUCUUGUCGUUCCGCUGUGGUACGUUAUGGGAUCACAGGCUGUUUGUUUUUUGGGUAAACCAAGUUGGCUGUGAUUUUGUAGAUGGAAGGUUUUCUGAAACGGGAUGCAGCUGAGGCAGGUGAUUUUGGUAAUUUUUCACAUAUGUACUAGUGCGUGAUUAUUCAACAGCGAUACCCAAAAGGUAAGGGAGCGGGGUCUUUCCAAGGCCUAACCAUCCUAGUCCGAGCCCAAAGCAAGAAGACCCUUUGUCCACUUGUUUUCCUGUUUCCUGUGUUCCUUUCUGUCAUCAAUCAAUAUGGGAUAUCAAUAAAUAGAUAUAUACACAUCUAUCCAUGUAAACAGCAUAUGCAUUAUCAAUAUGAUUUUAUUCGCUCUGCGUUGGUGAACUUGCAUUUGAAAAUAACUUACUUUUAGCGAUCAACAGUAGGUGCUAUACUACAUUAUUCACAUAUCUUAAAUAUCCAAGUUUGUUGUUCUAUGUGUUGUUUAAUGGAAAAAAAUACUUUGAUGUUGGCAUUGAAUUGAGCUGCUGUUCUUUGUUUAAAAAAAUUUGUUAUUGUUGUUGGCCCUGAGAAAUCUGGUUCUGAGACUAUUUCUUUUGCCGACAAACCAGAUACAUGACACAGGGCCGUGUAAGAAUCACACCGAACAAAUUUUCAUCUGUACAUUUUCGUUUGUUCGUUUGUUCGUUUUGGUUCGGCUUGCUGACUUAUUUGCUGAGCGUGAAACGUUUGUCCGACUUACCGAUGAUUAGCUAGUUCUGUUAGUCUAGAUAUUUGUUUCCUUAAAGAGGAUCUAUGACAACUGUGUCUUUAUUUGCUGUGUACAAAUAGAUGAUAUAUAAAUAUAUAUAUAGUCUACAUUUGUUUUCCAAUAUCUACUGUACUAUCUGAGUUGUCACUGUUCUUUUGUUUGAGCUUGUCCUUUUCAUAUGGCAACUUAUGAAGUGGUGGUUCAGUUACUUAGAAAAAAAAUGUGAGGAAACUGUUCAAUUGUUGUCAUGUUGCUUGUGGAACAAAAAAAAAAGAGAAAAAAGAUUUGGACUUUUUUCAGUUACACACCGCGGCAAAAGAAACCAUACAAAUGCUUGGAAUAUAACUUUUUUCUUUGAUGGUCAAAAUGUUUUGUUUGAAACAAAAAUAUUUAUUUUGUAAUUUAUUUGUAAUUAUAUAUUUAUUUAUUAAUUAUUUAUCUGUGUAUUUAUGUAUUUAUUUGUUUAACUGUCUGUGUAUUUGCGUGAUUCUGGUACAGGGAGGGGGCGUUUCUGAGCAAAAGGGAACAAAGCGACUAGUGGAGAGUCUCUUCCAGUAGUCCACUGCACUGAGAGAACUUUUAGUACUAUUUGUGCUUUGUACCGAUAUAUCAAAAUUACAAUAUAAAAAUCUAAAAGUCAUGAAAACUGAAAAAAAUGUCCGGAGGGUCGGGGGACGCUUCUCCCUUAUUACUAGAAACAGUUACUCGCUAUGCAUAACCUAGUUAAUAGUUCAAUUUGCUAUUGCUUUUUUCUUGUCUUGUUAAAAUUAAAUCUUUAGGUCUUUUUCAAUAAAGUUUAGUCUUAAUAGAAUGUUAUAAACGGUUGUUCUGGUUCAAUAUAACCUGUGAUAAGUUUGUGUAGUUCUAAAAAGCCACUCCGUCCACACCCUGCCUCCACUUACUACAGCUUUGUGAUGAAACCUUAUGCAAAAAUGUGGGUCUGAAAGCAUAGUUUUCUGUUUGUCGUCUACAUUUGAUUUGACAUCCAACUCUCAGAGAUUGGGCAGACAGUUUCUAGAAUAUUAAUGUGUGAGGGUCAUUCAUUGCGCGAGACUAAAUCGUUUUUGGUUUUUUUUCUAAAUUCAUGUUUUCAAUCUCCAUACCAACAAAUGUUUAAAUAUUAAGAACUUGUUACAAUUGCACACCAACUGUUAUUGAUGACAGUUGUGCUUGAGAAGUACUCUGGAUAUAAAGAAAAUGUAUUGUACCAAUUCUAUAUUUGAUAUACUCCGAUAUGAUAUAUAGAUUAUAUAUUUUGAACGGUGAGCGGUUAGGGAACGGUUACAGAGGCAUAACGAUAUAGAAUUGGACAGAAGUUCCAUUUGUUGUUAAGACUUGAAAACAUGAAGGAGAGAUGUGUGGAGGGCGGUGAGGACACGGUCGCAGGGUGCACCCUUCUCUCUCACACCUCGGUCAUCUGAACUGGUCAGCUCACGUGACAUCAUCGCCACUGUCCAAUCACAGUCUGUGCCAUCCGAUCACAGAGUGUUGUAACGUCAUAACAGCAACAGGCCAACCCACCAGACCCCUCAUGCUCCCGGCCUUCACUGGGAACUUGAAUUAUGCAACGACCCCAGUAGAAUGUUGUUCUGACGUGUGAACUGAUUUCCUACACUGUAUGACUUUUGACCUCUUACGAUGCGUGCCUGUUCCACUUAGACCCUGCGUGUCUGUCUGUCUGUCUGUGUGUGUGUGUGUGCGUGUGCGUACACGUGCAUGUUCACAUGCAUGUUCUAUGAUGUAAUGUAUGUAUGUGUGUGUGUGUGUGUGUCCCUGUUUGGUUUGUUACUGUAGGGUUAAUUGGAGACCUGUGUAUGUGCAGUGUCCAGUGUAAGUCAGUGAACUCAUAUGUUAACUGUUAGUGGUAAUGUGUGUGUGUGUGUGUGUUUGGGUCUAUUUACUACACACAUACAAAAGUGAACCAACUGUGUGUGUGUGUGUGUGUGUGGGUGAAUGGGUGUUUGAAACAUGGGGCUUUGUCACCUCGCUCUAUGCCCGACCCUUGUGGCUCCCACCAUCCCCCUGUAGCGCCUUAUAGUGGCAGUCUGCCAGUAGGAACAAUGCAGCCAGAAGUGGAGGAGGGAAGGUGAACAGAGGAACUAGGCUCUUCUUGUUAGUUUUCAUUUUCCUCCUGAGACGUGUUUGUUUAUUAUCUGAGAAAUCUAUAAACAAAAUCUUUAAAGACAAAAAAGACGAAAAAAUGUUCACAGGGACCCAUGACUGGGGCUACCUACUCUCUCCUGCUUUUGUUAUUACUUGACAAUUAUGUAUGAUUAAAAUUCUUAUUAUUAUGAUUACUAUAAUUAUUAUGAUUAUUAUAAUUAGUAUUCUUAUUCUUAUUAUUAUUAUUAAUCCAAUUACUGCGAUGAAUGACUUCAUGUUAUCCUUGCUAGUUUAGGUCUGAAACUGGAAAUUAAAUAAAAAAUCUUGCUGUAAAUGUUUGUUUUUUUCCUUUUCAUAAAACUGUUGUGUUUAAAUUAUUUGUACUUUUGAAUGUUGGGACAAUAAAAUGAGGUGUUAAGAGCU